GAAGAAUUUCACUCACAUUUAAAGCAGGGGAGACUAGCUACAUUAUAAAUAGGCGCUUAGUAUCAAAGCGGGGGGAAAAAGUUUUCAGUGAAGUUGUCAGUUGUUCUGUGAGUAGGGUCUCUUGAGAGGAUUUUUUGUUUUUUUUUCCCCCCCAAGAGCUUUUCGCUUGCCUUCAGGAGAACAAUGUUCCCUUCAAGAGUUGUCCUGUUCUUCGGUUUGGCUUUUGUCUUUGUUGGAACGAAAGGGCAAGAUGGUUUUGACCUUGCUGAUGCUUUCAAAGACAGUCCCACUAAAGCUCCAGCUGUUGAUUCUAAUUUUCCGGAUGUUGAUUUAGAUUUUGAUGAUCCCAAGGCUCCUGAAACCCCAAAGAAACACAAUAACAAUCCUGAUGAAUUUGAUUUAAAUGAUGCCAUUGAUGGCAUAGACAAGUUUACUCCAACGAAGCUUCCGAAGCAGCCAGCUAAUGGUGAUCCAGAUCGGCAGUUUGGGGACGUGGACCUCGUAGAUGUUGCAGGUGGUGCUUAUAGCCCUGAAAAGAUCAUCCCUAAAGGUGAUAAUCAGGAAAGUGGUCAAGAUGGUGGCAAUGGUACUCUUACUGGUAUUAUCACUGGUGUCUUGCUGGCUGUGGGCGGUGGAGUAUCCAGUUAUAUCCUCUACCAGAAGAAGAAGCUAUGUUUCUCUUUGACAGGGAACUCAACUGAGCAGAACACCAAGCAAGAGAAUGUACGUGGUCAGCGAGAGGACCCCCAGUCUUACAGUACUCUUUUGCAAACACAGCCUGUUGGAAGUAACUAGAAGACAGUGGACAGCAAAGAAACCAGAAGCUAACACUUGUCCAACAUUUCUGUUCUCCUACAGAUUUUGUUCUUAUCUUUAGCGUUGAGCGAUUUUUAACUGUUGAUUUUCAAUUGGUUUUCUUAUAGCCCUGUAUUUUCCAGUGUGGAUUCAAAUGAGAAACUUGACCUAAAAUCUUUGUUUAACUAACUUACAAAAGUGCCAAGCCUUGCCUUUUUGAACAUCAUCAAAAUGAAUCUUAGACACAGACAUUGCCAUUCUGUUACAGCUUGUAAAUUAGUUAAACAUACUUGAGCUUUUUGGUAGAAAUUUUCAAUCUUGGAUAUAACUUUAAGUCCACUCCUGUGUGCUAAAAAUCAAUCUACCAUUGUAGAGCAAAUAAUGACUUGUAUUUUUGAACAACAUUUUGAUCGAAGUUUGAGCACACUACCAAGUGACAAACUUUUUUUUAAAAACUUAGGCCUUGACAUAGUUAGUGUUGGAGUUUUGUGACUUGCACAUAAAAAAACCUGGUGUUUUUAACUGUUUUUAUUGCUGGUGAAUGUCAUUCAGAAUAUUUUGUAAAAUGUUUCUGUAAGACUUGCAGUGUUGUGCAUUUUUAUGCUAUGGUUAUUGAGUAGAAACUUGUUGGAGGUUUUUUAAAUAAUUAUUUUGUUCUUGCACACCACCUCCCCUUGGAGAGGGUGGGGUUUUGGAUGUUGGGGUGGGGGGUGGGUUUGCUGUUGAGCAAACUGAUAAUGGGGAGGGGUGACUAAAUGUGUGCUUGUACAGAUUUUUUUCUUUGUAGCCUACAACCCCCAUUUUACCCAGUGACUUCAAAUAUUAAAUAUGGUAAAUUAGAA